AUGCCAGCGCCCGCCCAAAACGUUGCGCUGAAUUGGGCCCGCAAGAGCCCUGCCCUCUUAGACGCCCUCCCAGUACUUCACCUGCUCCUCCGCAGGGCGUUCCCGCAUCGGCCAAGCACGCAUCGCCCAUACAUCUCUCUCGUCGGGGCAGUCCAUGACGAUGCGGCGGGCGCCCAUUUCAUCCUCCCACUCCCUGUAGCGAGUUUCUUCUGGGGGCGGCACCGCGGGCAUGCUCCGGCCGGCAGGGGGGAGUUUGACGGACAACGCCUGCCGUUUUCCCCACAUCACGUCGCAGAUGAUGUACCCCCCUCGUGCGCGUGGCGACCUGCAGAAAACUCUCCGCCGACGAGCCCAACCGAGGGAGGCGCGACAUCGUUUUGGAGGCCUUGUCAAACAGAAAACACUGCCCCCCAACGAAGUGCGCAACCGUGGGAGUUGCUCGGCGUCGUGGUGCAGCAGCUGGUAGGGGAGGUAGGCGCCGGCCGCCACCGACUUCCCGAUCCCGGACGUCCCGGCCAAGCCACGCCGCACAGGCGCGGAGUUUGCUCCGCCGUGCGUGCCAAACGACUCGUCCAGGUCGCCCUAGGCAAUCUGCCACACCCGCUCCACCUCGGAGUAAAGGUAGCAGUCGCAGAAAGACCGCAGCUGAUGCGGCCAUCCCCUCCCCGAGGUGAGUGCCAGGGGCCCGGGGCGCGGUGGAGAGAACUGCGCCGCAGCGUCGUCCAUUAG